GCUCUCUCUAGCUACACUCGCUCGCUCGCUCCCUCCCCGCGCCUCCCUAACCCCCUCCCUCCCCAGCCUUCUCGCUCUGGUCUGUCUCUGAUCGAGCGAUUGAUGAUAAUUUAUCUAGCUGCCUGGCCGAACUGUCGCCCCCUGCUGCUGCGAUCUGCAGCAUCUGCUUCCUUCCUUCUUCCUCUUCCUUCUUUCUUUGAAUUGUUGUCGUGCGGGUGGGUGUUCUCGAGCUGCUGUGCGUGCAGGCGGAGAGGCUGUAGAAGUGGGCGAAGGGAAUCCAUGGCUGGCAAGAAGCCGUGAGAGAGUUGAGUAGGAGGGAGUCGUAAUGUGCGAGACCAGUGCUAGCAUUGUGUGUGAGAGCGAGAGGGAGCGAGUGACUGUGGUGGUGGCGGCGACGGGAGCUGAUAAUGCGAGAGGAGAUUGAGAAACACAGCUGAUAACAGUUGCAUCCGGAGUCGGAGCUGAAAAUGUUUAGUAAAAGAUUUCAAUAGCUCCUCUGUUUCUUCUCGUGCACAGGCAAGGUCCUGGUUCGCCUCCGCAAUCGGCGCGCUUAGUCCCGCUUCCCUCGUCCUCGUCUUCUAUUCUGCCCCUUUCUGGGCGGCGCCUGCGGUGAGAGCGCUCAGGACUUCCACAGCCGCUGCAGCUGAAGGGUGACUUCUGUUUUCUGUUGGUGACUACCGGCUUCUCUUCCCCUCCCCGAAUCCACCCCAGGUCGUGACACCUCACUGCGAGUCCACGCGCCCCGAGCACGCAAAGCUCUGGUUUCUGGGACUCCCUCCUAUUUUUCAGCCUAUUUCUCUGCGAGUGCUGGUGCUCUAUCUAUGUGAGGUGGUCAUUUCGCUCCUCUUCUCCUCUAUUUCUCUUUCUUCCUCUCCCGGGUGGUUUCUCUGCUGGUGAGCGCUGGCAACGCCCAGCCCUCUGUAGGCCAGCUUCGAGCCUCGAAGUGCUUGGAGAUGAUCCGAGAGCAGCUGUGCAGGUGAUGAGAGUUUCGGGUGAACAUGAGAAUGCACUGUAGUGGGAUGGUGACUUAAAGAAAUUUUCUGCUGCUUUUGAUCCGUUUCUGCGUCCAGAGAUUCAAACACUGAAGCGAGGAUGCUUCGAGGGCUGAUGGACUAGUUUGCGGGUAUUAGAGCAGGUAGAUACCUCGGGGCUCUGUGCAGAGUAGAGCAAGGUAAUCGAAAGGACGACGAGGAGGAGACGGCAGUUCGUGGUCGCUAGAUGGUGACGGUUGGAACAGGGUCAGUGCCCCUGCUCACAAAUGUGUGCAAGCUGCGAUGUAGCUGAUGUACAGAGGCUCAAGUUUGGGUCAAUGCAGCCCACAGACAAUGCAGCUGCAUUUAGUGGACGGCAGUUGAUGCUCGAGCAGCUGUGGGCUCGCGGGUCGUUCAGUAUGAGAGUCUGUGGGGUACAUACGACUCUUGGAUUAAGAAGCUGGAUAUUUAGCGAAAGCAGACGGUGCCCCAACAAUGCUGCUCCCGGACAUCAACACAUAGUCUAGUCUGUCGAAGGAUACGAGGAAGCACUGGUGUCUGAGAGAGAUGGGGACCUAUCCUCGCCCUCCUUCACUCGGUCUUUCAGGAACUAUGCGGAGGCUGUCCUUACUCGUUCUUCUCUUUUCUUACUUGACGCCUCUCCUCGCCGACCUCCCGCCGGCUCCCGACGCUCUCACCCUGCUUCAGUUCAAAGGGCAGUUGGUUGCGGAUCCAUCCGGGCGUGUGAUUGAUACCUGGAAUGUGAACAACUUGGAUGCCCAAGGAUGCCCGCAGAAUUGGUACGGUGUUAUCUGCUCAGACCAGGGAGCUGUUGUCGUCCUUUCCCUUGAGAAUCUGGCCCUCCAGGGAGAGUUGAAGAGUGGUACGCUAGGAAAUCUAUCCGGGCUAUUUUACCUCUCAUUAGCUAACAACUCUCUCACCGGUACAAUACCAGAUGACCUCGGAAACCUCUCAGAUCUUAAGGUUAUGAUUUUGUCCGACAACCAUUUCGAAGGCCCGAUACCGCGGUCCUUUCUGCGACUUUCGCAGACAUUGAAUAAUCUUUCGCUCGCCGGAAAUAGGUUGACGGGGCCUAUUCCUGAUGAACUAGGGGACAUGUAUCUUUUGACAGGACUUGACCUGAGCAGGAAUCAGCUGACUGGGAAGGUACCUUCCUCUCUCGUGAAGCUGGAGUCAUUGGUCGCUCUCAAUCUGUCUUCAAACGUCCUCGAUGGGAGCAUACCAGGCGGCUUCUCAAACCUUGCCCAGUUGGAACGAUUGGAUUUCCACCAAAAUCAGUUGUCGGGGAGCAUAGACCCCACCUUACUGACUCUCAACAAGACUCGCUUUGUGGAUUUGAGCUCCAACAGCUUCACUGGAGUGCUUCCCUGGCAAAUGGAGGAAUAUGUUCCGGUCUUCACAAGCGUAGAGCAUGUCAAUCUUAGUCAUAACAAACUCUCAGGUUCAUUGAGUACGGCCGGUGUCUUUUUCGCCGCCGCCUUGAAAGUGCUGGAUAUUAGUCACAAUGAGCUCGCUGGAGAGCUGCCAUCCUUCCAAUAUGUCACUUCGCUCACUUCGCUGAGGUUGGGGAGUAACGCUUUUACCGGUUCCGUACCCGUCGCUCUGAUAACAAACCCGUCUCAGCUUCUGGAGGAAUUUGACAUAAGCGGCAAUCAACUGUCUGGUCCUAUCGGAACGAUCACAUCGCAAAACCUCAGAAGACUCAACCUUUCUAACAACAGGUUCACUGGCAAGUUACCGGAACAGCUUGGAGAGUGUGAAUUAGUGGAUUUAAGUGGAAACGGCCUUUUUGGAGAUCUUCUGGCGAUGCAAAAUUGGGCUCAAAGUCUGAAAUGGCUUGAUUUGAGUAGUAAUCAGCUGGUCGGAAACCUACCUGAAAUGGUAGUGAAUAAUCUUUUCCGCUUGACUCACUUAAACCUUUCCCACAAUAGGCUUACAGGUGCAGUCCCAUCAGAAUAUGGGUCAUCUCGUAGUCUCAAGAGUAUUGACUUGAGUUACAACCUUCUCGAAGGGGAGACGCCUCCGGAUUUGUUUUAUGCAUCGAUCAGCGACCUGCUACUUUCAAAUAACCGACUGACAGGGCCAAUACCACUUCCAGAUGCUUCUACUUCCUCUCCUGGAAACAAUCUUACAAGCUCACCUUCCAGAUACGCACAGGCAGAUACGCGACCGAUGUCACCACUUGAAGUAUUAGAUCUGUCAGCAAACAACCUUGUCGAAAAUAUACCUGACAGGAUUGGAUCUUUGGUCAAUUUGCGGAUCUUGAAGCUCAGUACUAAUCGUCUUACUGGCACACUACCUGACACCCUAAGCGAACUGAAGCAACUGCAGACCCUUGAUUUCUCAAGAAACCAACUGUCUGGACCCUUACCCGAUCAGCUUCCUUCUAGUCUAGUGGCCUUGAACCUCUCUAACAAUCACUUCACUGGGACAGUUCCCAUGAACCUUACAAGAUUCGGUGAAUCGGCAUUUUCUGGGAACGAAAAGCUCCAAUGGCCACUCAUCACCCCGCCGCCUGGGCGUUUCCCUGGACAAGUGAACAUUACACGUAGUGGUAGCAAGAUGAGUUCAGGAGUUAAGGCUGGGCUGAUAGGAGGCUGCACUGUGGGGGCAGCCCUCGUCGUUGGUAUCUGCUUGUUCGUCUACUUCAGGAGUGUUGCAAAAUCUAACGAUACGUCCCCUGGUUCCGAAUUUGGUGGGAGCAAAGGAUUCGAGAGAUGUGGCAGACCUGGACGAGACUCCACAAUCGAAUUCGACGCCGACGUGGAGAGGUCCACACUCAACUCCUGCACACCCGUGGCUGCGGUGAAAGGUGCUGCGGCUAGAAGAACGCGUGGAAUUCCGACUGAAAACGGUUCGUCUCCGGAUGUCAAAAUGGAAGAGGGUGAUAUAAUCGGUGGAGGGUUGUUAGUGAGUCGGGGCCAUCGGCUCCCAUCCGUGACCGAGCGGGAUGUCUUGUCUCCCGAGCAUCCUCUUGUUACGAAGGUGUCGCCAGAGCAUCCUGUUGAUAUGAAAUGCACUGCAGCCCCUGCCCAUCUCGUAGGCGAUGUAUAUUUCUUGGACAAGUCAGUGGUGUUCGGUGCCGAAGACUUGUCAAGUGCCCCGGCCGAGAUUCUGGGCAAGAGCAGUCAUGGAACGUCUUACAAGGCAGUUCUCGAGAAUGGACGCGUGCUUACUGUCAAGUGGCUGAAGGAAGGUCUCGCGAAAUGCAAGAAGGACUUUGCCCUGGAAGCGAGAAAGUUUGGCAGCGUGAAUCACCGUAAUGUGGUCUCCUUGAGGGGGUAUUAUUGGGGUCCACAGGAGCAUGAGAAGCUUCUUCUGUCCGACUACAUUGAGGGUGGAAGCUUAGCAGGACGCCUCUCCGAGGUAAACGAUAACCAAGGCAACGAUCCUGCUUCAUGUAAUCUGGCACCAGAUCUGAACCAUAUAACUGAACGGGAGAGUUCAGGGAGAAGAUAUCCACCCCUCCUUUGGCAUCAACGACUUCAGAUAGCUGUAGAUGUUGCUCGGGGACUCAAGUAUCUGCACGAGCAGCACCAUUGGCCUCAUGGGAACCUGAAAGCCACGAAUGUGCUACUCAGAGAGGAGCCUAAUUUUCAAGCUUGCCUCUCGGAUUUCAGCCUCCAUCGCCUCAUGACUUCUGCUGGCACCAUAAACCAACUUUUAAACUCGGGUGCACUAGGCUAUCGUGCACCUGAACUUGCAGCGGCGAAAAAGCCGAAACCCUCACUUAAAUCAGACGUGUUUUCUUUCGGUGUCAUCUUGAUGGAGUUGAUCACAGGUAAAAGUGCAGGAGAAAUUAUAUCGGGCAGCAUAAUAUCUGGCAGCUCAGGCGUGGUGGAUUUGCCAGAUUGGGUGCGCCUGAUGGUUCGUGAUGGCCAUGCUAUUGACUGCUAUGAUACAGCUUUAGUAGGGGUGGAUAGAGAUCUAGAGCCCCCUAAGGGGAUCGAAGACAUGCUCACUAUUUCUCUCAAUUGCGCUGCUUCUCAAUCAUCCAGGCCUAGCAUUAGAGUUGUUUACGAAGAGCUUGCUGCCAUUAACCCUGAUUGACCAAUCGAAUUUUCGUACUGUAGGAGUAAAAUGUCAUCUGUAAAAUCAAUGUAAAGUGCAAAAUUCAAAGAAGUCUUUGUACAGGCUUCAGAAAGGUUCUGGGGAGGACAAGGGGCAGGGCAUUCAUGAUUUAGGUAGGUUAAUUGGUUAUUAAUUGGACGAGUCCUGAAUUUAUUGCGGCAUUGGGUCAGGGAUAGCGAAGUGCCUCAUUAAUGUAGAGGGAUGUAGAGAGUUUAGCACAUUGUUAUGUGCAGGUCUUCCUCUCUUGCUCUCGUUUGCUCCUCUCUUUUCACACAUACACACAGACGAGGCUGUAGCCACAAGGCUACCCUGAACUAUAAUGCUGCAAUUGUCUUCAUAUCUAUUGCACAUCUUUGGCAUGAAAUGUUGGGUGCAAUUUGUAACGGUAAAAGCUUU